AUGCUGUCAUGGCUGCCCAUGACUCCUCGUGCCUUUGUCAUGGCAGCUGCUGGCCUGCCAGACUCGCUCCGCCCCCGCACCCCACCCGUUGCUCAUGCUGACACCUCUCAGCUGAGGCCACGCACCCCACCUGUAGCUCAUUCUGACGCGUCUCAGGCUCAGUUAAGGCCCCGCACCCCACCCGUUGCUCAUUCUGUGACUUUGAUCUCCCCUGCUGCAGGUGACGCUGCUGCAGCAGCAGGAUCUUCAAUGGCUGGGGUUGGUCCUAGGAGCAGGCGAUUGGCCGAUGAUGGCCAUGGAAGCAGGAGAUUAGCUGAUGAUGGGCAUGGGAGCAGGCGAUUGGCUGAUGACGGGCAUGGAGGCAGGAAACAGUUGGAUGGUGGAUUUGGAAGCACUAGCGGCAAGCGAAUGUUGUGGGGAGGAGUCGAGGUGAUUCCAUAUGAUCAAGAAGUUAUCACGCCAUCGGCAAUGCACCAAAAUAUCUGGAAGGACGACUGCGUCCAUCGCAUUGCACCGCACGCAACCAUGUCGGCUCUUAACACCUCCGCUUCUCUAGCCGUCGAUUCCCGGCUUGCCCUCGCCAAUCAGACGGUGUUCAAGGGCCAACCAGUGACCGUCUCCAUCGCCGCUCCCGCCAGAAAGGCCGUCACGACGAGCGUGUCAUGCCGUGCCGAUGGCGACAAUAAGAAUGCCUCGCCCAACUUCGCGGCUCAGCUCGCUAGAGCCGUCGUUCCCGCUCUGUCCUCCGCGAUCUUCGCCGCGACUGUGAUGGGUGUCGCGCCUACAGCUGACGCCAUGCAGAGCUAUCUCCUCACCGGUGGCGUCGCCGCCGCUCAAGCAGAGGAGGUCGCUGUUGUGGAUGAGGCCGCUGUAAACACACCUGAGGAGCGAGCUCGGCGGCUCGGCGAGCUGCUGCGCAAGAAGCGCGAGGAGCAGGAGGCGAUCGCGGCUGCGGCGCGCGCGGAGGCGGAGAAGAAGGCGGCGGAGGAGGAAGCCGCGCGGAGAUUCGCGGAGGAGAAGAUCCAGGCGCAGAGGCUAUUCGUUAAGCCGGAGCUGAAGCCGUCGAGCACAGUGGCCCCGCCCGUGAAGCAGCAGCAGCAGCAGCAGCAGGACGCGAAGAAGAAGAGCAAGCGUGGCGGCAUGCCGCUCUUCGUCUCGCAGUUUGGCGUGCUCGCCGCGUUUAGCGGUGGCAUUGCCGCGCUCUUUGUGCUGCCGGACGAGAAGUGGAAGGAGAUCGAGGAGGGUCUGGAGGAGGUGAAGGACUUCGUGCUGCCCAUCGUGGAUGACGUCGUCAUCCCCUUCGCUGAAGCGACGUGGGAGGCCACUCAGGAAUUCGCUGAAACCGCCAAGCCAUACGCCGAAGCUGCGAUCGACGCCGCCAAGCCCGUCGCUGAGGCAGCCCUGGAAGCCGCCAAGCCUGUUGCCGAGGCAGCGUUGGAAGCCGCCAAGCCUGUGGCGGAGCAAGCAGUGGAGAAGGUGAAGGAGCUUACCGAGCCUGUGGUGUCGCAAGUGGAGGAGCAGGUGAACAAGGUGAAGGACGUUGCAGGGCCGGUUGUGAGCCAAGUGGGUGAGUCAGUGGAGAAGGUGAAGGAGGUGGCAGGGCCGGUGGUCAGCCAAGUGCAGGAGAAGACUGCAGAGCUCAUCAAGUCCGUUGAGGGCCCUCCCUCCAAGCCCAAGGCUUGA